AGUUCCCUUCUGCCCUAUUCAGUGGCAUCACGCAAGCCCCCUUCAGCUAGAACCAAAUCUCCGAUAAAGUAAUGGCAAACCCACUUGGACUAUAAAACAUUACAAAUCAUAUUCCUCGGAGCAUACCGUUGUUCAUCCAAUGAGUUCCUAUUUUGUCAACUCAACUUUUCCUGUUUCUCGGCCGGGAGGACAGGAGUCUCUCCUGGGUCAGAUACCAUUAUAUUCCUCCGGAUAUACUGACCCUUUAAGACACUUUUCUAACGCUACAUAUGGAGCUGCCAAUAUGCAAGAGAAGGCUUACCCAACCUCAUAUUACCAGCAAACCUCUGGUGUCUACGGUCGCCCCAGCACCAGCGCUCCCUGCGACUACCCAGCUGGAACUUUUUACAAGGACAGUGACCGUUCGUGCGCUUUCGCAAGUCGAGAGGAGCAGCCGCUCGUAUUAACUCAGGAUCCGCGCAGGUCAGAGUGCCUCGAGCAAAAUGUAAACAUAACCACUGCUGUGGACGACAAGUCUUCUUCUCUGCUUUAUCCGUGGAUGCAAAGGAUGAAUUCUUUCGCCACCGGGGCCUUUGGUAGCAGUGGGCGCAGGGGCCGUCAGACCUAUACUCGUUACCAGACACUUGAGCUCGAGAAAGAAUUUCAUUUCAAUAGGUAUUUGACCAGGCGUCGUCGAAUCGAGAUUUCGCAUGCUCUAUGUCUCACUGAACGCCAGAUAAAGAUUUGGUUCCAGAAUCGCAGAAUGAAGUGGAAAAAGGAGAACAAAGUUAUGAAUCCUUCGAAACCCAGCGACGAAGAAGAGGAAAACAAGACAGAUUAAAAGACAUUGAAUACAUAAGCUACACAAGCCAUAACUGUUGUAAUAUGAAUUGAGAGCGGUUGAAUUAUUGUUGUUGUUUUUCAGAAAAUAGCUGCAUAGGCCUACACAUUUUUGUGAAAUAUGUCAAUAGGCAUAGACUAAUAUAUUUGCACGAUUAAAUAGCGUAUGUAGGUUAGCCUAUUCUUAUUUGAUCGUAUUUGUUUUUAGUUUUGUAAAUAUUGUUGCAGUAAAUAUUGUUUGACUAGGUCUGUGCAACAACAGACCUAGUCAAAAUGACACGAUAAUUCAAUAGUUUGCUUCAAAAAAUGUCCUUAAUAUCGAUACAAGCUUUGUAAUAGCCUAGUGUGUGUUGUAUAUUGUUCGUUUUUGACUUUUACAUCGCUUUGUCAUGUUCAACUGAAUAAUGUUUUGACAAGUUAUUUAUUGUGCACUUGCACAUCUGGAAGCAUAUGUUUUGUCAUCUUUUAUAAAUACAAAUAAAGCAUUGUUUAGUUGUGUGAA